CAGCCAUGUCGAUUCUCCGUUCUUAUCCUUCUUUCUUCUUGUCGUAUAUCACAGAAAGCAAGAAAAAUAGAAACAGAAACAGAGUAGAACUCCAUGGCACUCCCCACGAAUGACUCCACGCCCAACACCAAGAGCUCAGCUCUAGAAGCCUUAUCCCAGGGAACAACGGCCCUGCCAGGAAUUCCCCAAUUCACCGAUAUUGAGAAGCAACGCGCAUACAUGCUCAAUCACAUGGUGGGUGCCUUCCGGGUCUUUGCGCGACAGGGCUUCGUGGAGGGUCUGGCUGGGCAUAUAUCGCUGCGAGAUCCGGAAUUCCCUGAUCGAUUUUGGACGAACCCCCUAGGUCUACAUUUCGCGCUUAUAACCCCCUCCGACCUGAUCCUGGUCAACGAAGAAGGAAUUGCCGUGGGAGGAAACACAUCUCGGCCGGCGAAUAAAGCCGGAUUCCUGAUCCACAGUGCCAUCCACAAGAUACGACCAGAUGUAAACGCGGCAUGUCAUUUUCAUUCUCCCUACGGCAAGGCCUGGUCGGCGUUUGCGCAGCCGCUUGAGAUGCUCAAUCAAGACGUUACGGCGUUCUACGGAGCCGCGCAGAGUGUCUAUGGGGAGUUUGGGGGCGUGGUUCUCAAGCGAGAGGAAUCGGAUGCUCUGGCCAAGAGUCUGGGGCAGGGGAAGGGGUUGAUAUUACGGAAUCAUGGCCUGCUGACUGUUGGUGGCACUGUGGAUGAAGCCGCUUAUCUUUUCCUUCUUAUGGAGAGGAGCUGUCAGAUUCAGCUUGCUGUUGAUGCGGCCGUGGCUGCUGGUCGGAAGAAGGUGUAUGUUGAUGAUGAGAGUGCAAAGUUUACUUACGAAAGUAGUGAUCCGGAGAGCCUUUUCGCCGAGUUUCAGGUGUAUCUGCAGUAUGAAUCUGCCGUAUCUCAUGAUGGAUACAAGGCUAUUUGAAGGAUGAAAGGGAAUGCAUAGGUUCUUGUGAUUGAAGCAGCAGCAAAAUGAAUUCGAGCGUCAACUCAGUACCAAUACUCGUAGAUCGCUGUAUUUCUCCAGUACUUGGGUCCAGGGAGCGCUCUGCAUGCCGGGAGAGCUUCGAGCUUGCCAGACCUUCUGAACAGCCUCCAGAGCCACAGUAUACAUGCGAAUACCAGUCGACUGACCGGAACGUUCAAGCCAUCUGGCAAUCUGCUCUCUUAAUCGAGGCUCCAGCGCUUCGCAUCCUGCAAUGAAUCCCGGCCAGCAAGUAUUCGAUGACUGAUCCCCGUAUCUCUCCUUUUGUUUGUCAUAUUCAAGAAGAUGGUAUAUCGUCUGCUGGACGUAUUGUUGCAAAAUCGCAGCAUUGACGUCUCUUACACAGCGAUAGAAGUAGAUAAGGAGGGCCUUCUGCACUGCUUGAACUAGGUGAAACGGAAACUGCUCGGAGAGAGGGUAUCCUAGAUUAUGUCGUGUCGUAUGGUAUUCCCAAUUGCAGAUGUUGCUUUCCAAGUCCUUGAUUUUCGCAGCGAAUGCAUCGUAGUCGGUCGUCUUUGAUCUGCCGAGACUUUGCAAUUGGUCCACUUCGCCAGCCAUUUGUGUCGUUUCAAGAAUGAGCUUGAAUAGCGACUGAGGAACCGAAUAUAUCUCCUCGAAUGCCGACUUGCAGGGGACAUGGUGCAGAAUCCCGUAGGAAUCCAAGCCAUUUGCACUUGGGGGAGGUGAGCAUGGUCCAAGCAGCUGAUCCCAGCUUGAAAGCUGUGUAGAUGAAGAUGAAUAUAUUGGGAGACCUCUGGAUUCCUCUAUGGCAUCUGACCUCGACGGUUGAUCGUCGAUGCAGGUACGCUCUGUCAACACGCGGAGGUAGAGGUAGAUGCUGUGCAACAUACGCACUUUGGAUGAUCGAGUUACCUUCUUCACGCCGUGCAGGCUGAUGAUCUUUUCAAUAUCCCACAGGUAGUGUGCUG